AUGAAAAGGGAACACAAGUAUAAACGACGUCAUGAUUUCGAUUAUGACGACAUUGGUAACGACAAAAAUUAUAGUGAUUUAAGUGGUAAAAAUGAUGAUGCAUCUAGGAAAAGGUUCAAACAUUCCAGGAGAGAAGAUAGGAGACAUAGGGAUAGGUAUAAUGAUAGAAAACGUGAAGAAGAGAAAUUACGUGAUAGAACAGAGUCGAACGAGAGUUUUUCUGACAAUGUAGACCACAGAACUAAAAAACAUUCUAGGCACAAAUCAGAUUAUAAAAAAGAUAAAGAAGAACAUGAAUGGGGGGGUAAUAAAAGUAAUAAUAAAGGAAAAUAUGCCAAAACAGAAGUUCAAAAACCAAACUUUGGUCUCUCUGGUAAGCUGGCAGAAGACACGAAUAUAUUCAAUGGGGUCGUUAUUAAAUAUAGUGAACCGCCUGAAGCGAGAAUGCCGAAAAAAAGAUGGAGAUUGUAUCAAUUUAAGGGUGAUGACACUCUACCAACUUUGUAUAUUCAUAGACAAAGUGCUUACUUACUUGGAAGAGAUAGAAAAGUUGCCGAUAUCCCAAUCGAUCAUCCAUCUUGUUCUAAACAACAUGCAGCUCUGCAAUAUCGUUUGGUGCAGUACAAUCGCCCCGAUGGCAGUGUUGGAAAGCAGAUCAGACUUUACAUAAUUGAUCUGGAAUCAGCGAAUGGGACUUUUAUUAACAAUAACAAAAUUGAGGCAAAAAAAUAUGUAGAAUUAUUUGAAAAGGACGUUAUUAAGUUUGGUUUCAGUUCGAGGGAGUAUGUUUUAUUACACGAACACAGUAAAGAUGAAGAUGCAGAAGAAGAAGAAGAAAAUAAGGAGGAAGAAUCAUAA